AUGGCCGAUAUAGCCAAUCAGUAUUACUCACAGGCAGGCGUUGACCGAAAAGUUGCCAAAGAUUGGGAUAAAGCAGACAAAACGAGUGUUGUACCUUCAAUUAACAUUCAAGAUUCAACGAUUUUGGAAAGUGGAUCCAUCUGUGGCGAGGAUAAGGAAAUCAGGAGCAUGCGUGUAUGA